GGGAACGGCACCAGUCGCCCUCGCUAGCGCGGACCCGGCGCGCGUACCACCACCGCCAUUCUCGCCAAUAUUCGCAACUCCCGCCGGCUUCACACAAAUUCGCAACACCGGCAUCUCAAACCAGCUACUCUAAGAAAAACACUACUCUACCUUUCCUCUAACCCAUUCAUUUUCGAACAAAAGUGACAUUAGUGAUCGAAUGACUGUGCAAAAUAAUUGCGACAAAUGGAUAAUUAGUGCUGCCUGGGAAAAACUAACAAAGAAAAGUCUAGCAACAAAUGGAAAUUACCACCGUGAAAACGAUAAAAUUCAAUAAUUUAAUCUAUUUCGUAAUAUGCAAUGAAGAAUUUUGCGAAUCGUAACCAGUGAUAACAGAUAACUCCAGUGUGCACAACAUUCCAAAAUGAUUUCCAAUGUGUGACUAAAAUGUCAAAGAACGAAAGUGGGGAUUUUCGAAUUUUGAAGAAAGUCAGUGUUGCCAACUUUGAAGAUGGACUUGACGACUCGCCGGCCGGAGCUGGAGGGAACGGAACCUUUGCCGAUGGGGGGUAUGAACGGUGCGGAGUGUAGGGAGAUAGUGAAUGGGGACCCGGCGUGUGACGUCACAGCAGUGACAGGGGAAGUGCCCGUGAGGAAGACGACAUCCUUCACCAUCAGGAAUUUGGUUGGCGGAGAGGACGAUGGACCGGCCGACGGGACCGCGACCGCGAAUGAUGAAUACUAUCCCCAAGAUCAGUACCAUCAGAAGUACAACCCCACCAUGGGGGUAUCGGAGGCGCCCAAAGACGAUUCCCCCCGGACGACCCCGGAACUAGGUCGGUCCGACCAAUCACCCCCUGACCGACCCCCGCCGGGAUCAGCUGAUAGCGACGAUGCUGAUGAUUUCGCUCCUAAACGCAAGCAAAGGAGGUACCGGACGACUUUUACCAGUUUUCAACUUGAAGAGCUGGAGAAAGCUUUCUCGAGGACCCAUUACCCUGAUGUGUUUACUAGGGAAGAAUUGGCAAUGAAGAUAGGAUUAACAGAAGCCAGAAUACAGGUGUGGUUCCAAAAUCGGCGAGCGAAAUGGCGAAAGCAGGAGAAAGUGGGGCCACAAGCACAUCCCUACAACCCGUACUUAGGGGCCGCGCCGGGGGGGCCCCCUCCGUCUGUCGUGGCUUCCAUGCCGAACCCCUUCUCACAACUUGGGUUCGGGUUCCGUAAACCUUUUGACACAAACGCUUUGGCAUCGUUUAGAUACGCCGGAGGCCCAGUCCUGGGCGCGCAAUACCUGGGCGCACCAUUACCACGGCCACCACUCUUCAGCGCUCCCCUUUAUACCUCCAGCCCGCCCUUCCAUUCUCUCCUUGCCGGCUUAGCAGCUCCCCCCAGACAAUCCCCCGAUCCCCCUGUCUCUCCCCCAAUAUCCCCCGGCAGCGAAUCCCCGCCAACAUCAUCCUCAGCUCCAGAAGUAGAAAGAAGAAGCUCCAGCAUCGCAGCUCUUCGAAUGGCCGCAAGAGAACACGAGCUGAGACUAGAAAUACUCCGGCAAAGACACCAUACCGACCUGAUUAGUUGAGCUUUGCUUAUGGAAAGGAGACUAGAGAAUUUUCUAGAAUGUUCCUUCAGGUGAAUGGGAAUUCUGGGGUAAUGGGUUGUGGACGGACGUGUUAUUGGAGAGAUUAGUGGUAGACAGCCUGCGUCAUACGAUAAUGUCAUGAAGAAUCGUCGCGAAAAUGAAGUAAUACCGCGUGACCAACAUGCUCACGUCAAACUCACGUAUCUGUCGUCACUUCACGUCUUGUGAACAGUCAUGCACGGUAUCUGUUUUGGAACGCGCUAAUGAAAUGUUCUAAAUUCUAUGGCAUAUAAAAAGUUGCGAAUGUAUUACAAUAUCCCUUUCCACAAGGCGUUGUAAAAUUAAACCAAUAUUAUAUUUAAACCAGUAUGAUGAAUGGCUUACCUGACAAUUUAAACGUGUAGAUGUCAUGAAAAGAAAAUGACUACCCCUAUCAAUUAACUUUUUAUAAGGGUAACAAUGAUCGCGUUCAGAAAUAACACGGCUGUUUUUGCCUCCCUUAUGGCGGUAACACAUUCGUUCGUAGCGGCGUCGCAACGCAAAAGUUACACCGUAUUACGUGCAUUUUCAUUUAGUAACUAGAUUGACAGCGCCGCAACGCACGGGUGUGUUCCGACCUUAUAUAUCGUGCGACACGAGUUGCCUUGUAAGAUAACUAAAUAUAGAAAAAUAAUUAGAAUAUUUUAUUUUAUAUUACAUGUAAGAUACAAAUAGUGACUACAUUCCGUCCAGUUAUAGGCCUUAUUGUUAUUUAUUGUAGUUUUAAGAUGUACUUAAUUAUUACUUUGCUGAAAUUAUUUCACCAAAAUAGUGCCUUGCCUUUCGGAAAUCAUUAAUAGUUUAAUGUUCAAACUGACAAUAAGUAAAAAUAUGGAGGCGCACUAUAUAAGACGCGUAAUUUUCCGAAUUAUUUUUACAAAAGUAGAUGAUUUAAAAAUGCAAACAAAUUGUAUCAUUUCACAUAUUUAAAUUUUAAGUUGAGAUAAACAAUUAGUAGAGACAUGUCACACCGAAAGCUACUUACUACUUAAUAAUUGUUAAACGAGUAAAAUUAAUUACUUGAACAAGCUUAAAAUACACAAUAAAAUCAUUUAUUAGUUAUGAUUCAACUUGUUAUAACAUUAUUAUAUUUAAUCAAUCACAUAAAAUCAUAUUUUAACAUGUUUGCGGUGUGAAAUUGGCAUUAGGUAUAUAAUGUAGAUUCGUCAAAUAUAUUUAUAUAUUAUUGUAUAUUACCUGUUUCUUAGUUAUGGUGUGACCCUAAUAAAAUUAAAUUGUUAAAUAUGAUACGAAAUAACGGAAAUAUGAAUUUGUAAUUUAUUGUAGUGACCAAAGAAAGAAUGUGAAGGAUGACAUUCCAACGAAAGGUAAUUGUAGCACGACUAAGCUUGUAUAUUUUGUUAUUCCAAAUCGAAUCCAUUGAGUAUCUCUUACGAAAUAAAAAGAAUACUGAACUAUUA